AUGUCUACCGCUACCAAAGAAUUCAUUGAGGAAUAUGCCUACAACAGAGCAGCGAUGUCCGUUGUGGGUAAUACCAUUGCUGUGCUUGCUUUGGGCAUGCAGCUCUUGAUGUUCGUCAUGGGACUCUCGGUGUUCUUGACGACUCCUCUCGUCCAUAGGAAGGGACGCCAGCCGUACAUUAUCCUCAGCUUCAUCAUCAUGGCUCUAUACGCCGCUGCGACCUUCCUCGACAUCGCCAAGGAAUUCAGGAUUUCAUAUUUUUCGGGACCUGGAGUGGAUUACCACAAGAGACGGACCGAGUUGAACAGAACGACAAUGACUGCGGUGUCUCAAGGCCUAAUGUACCUCUAUACUGCCUUGGGCGAUGGGCUCCUGCUGUAUCGAUGCUACAUUAUAUGGCAUGACGUCCCUUGGGUUAUCGUCCUUCCCUCCCUUAUUUAUCUUUCGUUCAUAGGGAUCUCGAUAGCAAAGUUCACCAGGUUGGCUACGAAAGUUUGGGGGAGCUCCGAGCACCAAGCCUUGGUGUCCCAGCAGAUCAGCAUCACAUACAGCGCCCUUACUGCUGGUUUGAAUUUGAUUGCGACAGUCCUCAUCGCGUAUAAAAUCAUUCAGGCUCAACGCACCCUCUCGAAAGCUCUUCCGGGGAGAGAGAUGGGUCGCUAUAGUUCUGCAGCGCGACUCGUGAUUGAGUCCGCAAUACCUCUGACGAUCUUCGGCCUCUUCGAUGUGAUCUUCAGUAUCUUCCUUUACGCGACUCGAGUGGAAUCUGGGCUCCCAAACAUAAGACACGAAACUGUCGUUAACAUGGCGGGAAUCUUGUAUUUCAGCUUUGCAGCGCUCUCCCCGCAGAUGAUUAUCUUACGAGUGACAACGGGUCGGUCACAUAUCCGACGUGGAGAUUUCGACUCAUCAUUCCACCCUCGGAGUAGACCACUGGGGUCGUUGGCGUUCAACCAUGCCCCUGCACAGCAUCUCUCGAGCAUUGAUGAUUCCCUUACGAGCCGUGCUGAGGAAGGGCACGUCAGCGUCCAGGAAAGUAAAGAUUCAACCGUGGCUGCGGAAUCAAAAGCGACAGCCAGGCUGUGA